AUGUCUAACAAUACUCUAUCAACUUUUCACAACUUCAACAAGCUCCCAUUCGAGCUCAAAGUCGAAAUCUGGAAACUGGCGGAAGAGGACGAUGAGUCGAAUGAAAUUGAGACAAACGAAAACGAGGUGAUUAUAAGUGAGACGAAUGAGCGUUCAAUUUUCGUCACUCCAGUCCUCCGAGGUGGUGCUCCCUCAAGCGAAAUCGCGAGUUACUCUUUCGUCGUUAGGCUGAACGGUCCCCGUCCACUCCUCGCGGUCAACCAAGAGUGGCGAUAUGAGUUACUAAAGAACUAUGUCGCUCCAUUCUCGCCUGCAACAACGGUUGUGAGUCCUGCAAUUCAAGCUCAGGGCGUUACAGUUGCAGAUCUUCUCGUUGACCCCAAGAGGGAUGUACUCUGGUGUGAGUUUUUGGGAGAACCAUUGCCUCUAGAGACAUUCCUUGGUGCCCUCUUCCUGACAAGGCCACCGGAACUGAGAAUCGUGGAGACAUUUGGUCACUAUCAUUAA